AUGCCGGCCCAACAGGAACUGCAGAGCAGCAUCGUUCUACGUGAGGUCACACCUGAGCUAUCUCGGCAUAUGCUGUCAGAUGUUUCGAAGCUACCAGCUGUACAACUAGGCGAUUUUUUGCUGCAAAUAGAGUUAGAUGACCCGAGGGAGUCAAUACGGGAGAUUGCCCGGAGAGAGCUGCGCGAAACACCCGAAGUGGUCAAACCAGCUAUAGAAGACUUAAGAAAAUUAUUGGAAGAUGAUAAAAACUUGCAUGUACCCCUGCACAGCGAAGCGUGGCUCAAAAGGUUCCUGCGACCUUGCAAGUUCUACCCAGAAAGCGCGUAUGAUUUGAUAAAACGUUACUACGCAUUCAAACAAAAGCACCACACGCACUACGACGGUCUGACGCCGAGCAAAGAACAGAACAUCUUUAACCAGAACAUUCUCACAGUGCUUCCUACACGAGACCAACUUGGUCGGCGAGUACUUGUACUUGAAUUAGGCAAAAAGUGGAAACACAACAAGUGUUCACUAGACGAAGUAUUCAAGGGCUGCGUUUUGUUCCUCGAGGCGGCCAUGAUGGAACCCGAAACACAGAUUUGCGGUGCUGUGGUGAUCUUCGACAUGGACGGUCUGUCGAUGCAGCAAGUGUGGCAGUUCACGCCGCCUUUUGCCAAGAGAAUAGUUGACUGGUUGCAGGAAAGCAUUCCUCUGCGAGUUAAAGGGCUUUACAUAAUCAACCAACCAUAUAUAUUUAAUAUGGUAUUCCAAUUAUUCAAGCCGUUCCUCCAGGAGAAACUACGCUCUCGUAUCAUAUUCUUGGGCAAGGAUAGGGAACUUCUCCAUAAACAUAUAAAUCCUAAGUGUCUUCCAGACAGCUAUGGAGGAACUUUAACUAUACCCCCGGUGACGGGACCGCAGUGGUUGGAGCUGCUGCUUCUUUGUGAUCAAGAAUUUAGUGUUAUCAAUUCCUACGGCUACAAAAAGAAGUAA